AUGGGUCAUCUUCACUUGAAUAUGUUAAAAGUGCCAUGUGGUGCACGGCUUGUGGCGCUUCUUUCUGUACUCAAGAACCUUUUUGAGAGAGAAGCUUCUCAAAAGGUGGUUGUAUUCUUUUCAACACGUGAUGCUGUAGAUUUUCAUCACUCACUUCUGAGUGAAUUCCAGUGGCCACCAAAUUCAGAGACACAAGAAGAGGAGGCGACGAAAGAGCUUUUUCUUAAGUGCAAAACGUUCAGGUUACAUGGAAGUAUGGAGCAGGAGGAUAGAAGAUCUGCGUUUGCGACCUUUAAAGCAGAGAAACAAGCUCUUCUCUUGAGUACAGAUGUUGCUGCUAGAGGCUUGGAUUUCCCAAAAGUAAGAUCUAUUAUAUACAAUAUGACUGUCCCGGGGAAGCUACUGAGUUUGUGCAUAUCUCACAAGGGAGAGCUCAAGAGCAUCUUUGUGGUGAAGAAGCUUCACUUGGGUCAUGUCGCCAAGAGCUUUGCUCUGAAAGAGCAACCUUCGUUGGUUGGAAAAUCACACCAUAAGGAAACAAUGAAGAGGAAGAGAGACGAACGCCAAAAGGGACAACACCCAAAGAAGAGAAAGAAAAUGAGUGGUGGCAAUAGUAGAAGUACAACAAAAACUUGA